AUGGAUAAAUACAUAAAACAUACUUUUCAUUAUUAUACGGAUGGUGACAUUAUUCUCCAAGUUAAAGAUACAAAUUUUCUUGUACAUAAAACUAUUCUUUCACUUGCUUCUGAAUUCUUCAAGGAUUUAUUUGCUUGUGCGACACCUUCUUCAGAUAAAAUUAUUAAAGUUAUAGAAGAUUCAUCAAAAGAAAGAUCAAUCCCUAUUUUAGAAAUCAUUGAUGAGGAACCUAAUUCAAUUGAAGAUAUUCUUUCAUUUAUUUAUCCUAACACCAUAUUGUAUGUUUAUUGGAAUAAUGUUGAUAAUUUAUUACGUUUAUCUGAUAAAUACAUUAUCAGAAAACUCUUAAAUUCUUGUGAAGUAUUUCUUCAAGAACAUUUCACUGAGAAAGUUCUUGGCUCAUUUAUACUUGCAGAAAAAUAUCUAUUACCAACAAUUUUUAAAGAAUCUUCUAAGCUUAUUAUAGAUGAUAUUAUUGAAUAUGAAUGUGAUGAAGACUUUAAACCAAUUUUAAAGAGAACUCAAGAAAGAUUAGUACAUUCUCAUCAUAUUUAUUAUUUGGAGUUGGUUAAAUUUAAAAAACAUGCUAAAAGUGAUGGGAAUAGUUUACAUGUUAGCACUGCAUAUGAAAUAUGCACUUUUCCUAUUCCCAAACCAUCAUUUACGCGAAAAAAGAUUUUUGAAAAUUAUAAACAUCCGGAUAGGGAAUAUAUUAAGAAUUUUAAACAAUAUCUUGGAAGUUUUGAGAAAUUAAUAAAUGCACCAGCAAAUACAGACUAUUAUUACCCUUUUAUAGAAUUAGUAUAG